AUGGGCGUGGCAAAUUCCCAUGAAAUUUCACGAUUGACGAGGUUGGCAGUUGUUGAUUUUUCUAAGAAUGGAGCAUUCCACAUAAAACUUGGAAGUCCAAAUUUACACACGUUUGUUCAAAACCUCACAGAGCUUAGAGAGUUGUAUCUUGAUUGGGUCCAAAUAUCAGAACAGGGGAGGGAGUGGUGCCGAGCCAUAUCAGAUUCCCUUCCUAACCUCAGGGUCUUGAGCAUGUCCGCGUGUGAUCUCUCAGGCCCUGUUCUCCAGUCCCUUGCUAAGCUUCGGUCUCUAUCCGUGAUUAGGUUGGACGGGAACCAUAUCUCUGCGCCAGUUCCAGGAUUCUUUGCCAACUUUUCAAACUUGACUGUCUUGAGUCUCGGAGACUGCGGAAUUCUCAAGGAACGGAUCUCUUCAGCACUUGGAUCUAGGCUGGACAAAUUUUUCAGGGUUAUUGCCAAAUUCUAUUGGCAAUCUCAAGAUGCUGUCCACCAUAGAUAUGAUUAUUGCAAUUUCACCGGACCGAUCCCCAAGUCAAUGACAAACCUUACACAAUUGGUUUCUUUGUCGAUGCCUGAUAACAAGUUGGAAGGUUCAAUUCCGUCAUUCAGUGGGGCCAAGAAUGUUCACACCAUAGAACUUUCCAACAAUCGUCUAACAGGUACUAUUAAUUCCACCCACUGGAGAAACCUUACUAAGCUAUCCUCUCUCUGUUUGAAUUCCAAUAAGCUCGAUGGAAAUAUCCCAGCAUCUCUGUUUUCUCUUCCCAGAAUUGAUCUUUCCAACAAUCAAUUCUCUGGUCCAUUCCUGAAAUUUCUAAUGUUGGUGUCAUUGAAAUUGAUAACAUUUCCUAAUUUCUUGAGAAAUCAAUCUAACUUGAGAAUAUUGGACCUUUCGGAUAACCAGAUAAAUGGCAAGUUUAGAAAUGCUGGACAUCAGUGGAAAUCAAAUUCAAGGCCAGUUUUAAGAUCUCUUGUCAACUGCACCCAGUUAAAGGUUUUAAAUCUUGGAAACAAUCUUAUAACAGAACCAUUUCCAUGCUUUUUGAGUAACACAUCCACCUUGCGUGUCCUUGUCUUGCGAUCCAAUAAAUUCUAUGGGCGCAUUGGAUGUCGCAAGACUAAUGGCACUUGGCCAGUACUUCAAAUCAUAGACUUAGCUCACAACAAUUUUAGUGGUGAAGUACCUGGAACAGCUUUGACAACUUGGUUUAGAGAUGGAGCUGGACAAUAUUUAACAAUCUUCACCUCCAUUGACUUCUCAUGCAACAAGUUCAACGGAUCAAUACCGGAGGAAAUUGGAGAACUCAAAUCAUUAUAUGCCCUCAACUUGUCCAACAAUGCUUUCACAGGUGCAGUUCCAUCAUCAUUAAGUAACUUGGUGAGUGAGCUAGAGUCUUUGGACCUCUCGAAAAACAAACUGAGCGGUCAAAUCCCACUGGAGCUUACAAAACUCACUUUCCUUGAAUUCUUGAAUCUCUCAUAUAAUCAAUUGGUCGGGAGGAUACCAAGCGGUGCUCAAUUUUCAACAUUUGAUGCAGCUUCCUUCGAAGGUAACAAAGGAUUGUGGGGCCUCCUUUAA